AUGUUAAACAUCUACGACCAAGGUCAAAGCUUUGAUGGCUGUGCACAUGACCAUUUAGAAGAGUGUGAAUAUGGCAGCUGCUCACGAAACUUUACGACAAGCAACCUGCAAGAUGUAAAUGAGGAUUCAGGCAGAAGUUAUCGAUAUGAGCAACCUACUUGUGCUGAUUUUAUAGAUUUUCAGUUAAGCUUUUCAAAUAUUUUUGGAAAAAAACCCUGGAAGAACAGCAGCUCCAAGUGGGGGGUUAGCAAGUUAGGAGUGAUAAGAAUCACUGAUCUAAUUAUUCCAGAAGACAAGACAAGACAAGACAAGACAAGACAAGACAAGACAAGACAAGACAAGACAAGACAAGACAAGACAAGACAAGAGGAGAGAAGAGGAGAGAAGAGGAGAGAAGAGGAGAGAAGAGGAGAGAAGAGGAGAGAAGAGGAGAGAAGAGGAGAGAAGAGGAGAGAAGAGGAGAGAAGAGGAGAGAAGAGGAGAGAAGAGGAGAGAAGAGGAGAGAAGAGGAGAGAAGAGGAGAGAAGAGGAGAGAAGAGGAGAGAAGAGGAGAGAAGAGGAGAGAAGAGGAGAGAAGAGGAGAGAAGAGGAGAGAAGAGGAGAGAAGAGAGAAGAGAGAAAAAGAGAGAAGAGAGAAAAAGAGAAAAAGAGAAAAAGAGAAAAAGAGAAAAAGAGAAAAAGAAAGAGAAAAAGAAAGAGAAAAAGAAAGAGAAAAAGAGAAAAAGAGAAAAAGAGAAAAAGAGAAAAAGAGAAAAAGAGAAAAAGAGAAAAAGAGAAAAAGAGAAAAAGAGAAAAAGAAAGAGAAAAAGAAAGAGAAAAAGAAAGAGAAAAAGAAAGAGAAAAAGAGAAAAAGAAAGAGAAAAAGAAAGAGAAAAAGAAAGAGAAAAAGAGAAAAAGAGAAAAAGAGAAAAGGAGAAAAAGAGAAAAGGAGAAAAAGAGAAAAAGAGAAAAAGAGAAAAAGAGAAGGAGAGAAAAAGAGAAGGAGAGAAAAAGAGAAGGAGAGAAAAAGAGAAGGAGAGAAGAGAAAAAGAGAAGAAGAGAAGAAGAGAAGAAGAGAAGAAGAGAAGAAGAAGAGAAGAAGAAGAGAAGAGAGAAGAAGAGAAGAGAGAAGAGAGAAGAGAAGAGAAGAGAAGAGAAGAGAAGAGACAAGGGGGAGGCGUCGAAAACUUGUUGGUGAUGUUUCCUUGUAAGAUCAUUGUUACAACAAAGGUUGAAAGACUUCCACACAGACCUGAGGAGACUUUUUAUUCUGACUUCAGUAGGGAGGGGGAAAAGGAAGGGGGGGGGGGGGCACAUUUAGCACACCUGUUGGAAAAUAAUUUAAAUUCCUCCUCACUGAGUAAAUGCCAAUGUGAUGGAUUACAUGCAAUGAGGCCUCAUGACAGCACGGUUAAUACAGAAGCUCCCACAACUGCAGCAGACAAACCAUCUUUGUUUCUCCGUGAUCUGCACUAUAGCUUAAGUUUUGAAUCACGACAAUCAGAUGCUGCAGAUAAGUAA